GGACAAAAAGACCAAACCACGCCGCCGCAGCCCGGACUUAGCAGGUCAGUUGUUGUGAGAGGAAGAACCUCAGAGUUGGAGCCAUGUUGUCGGCGGAGGAGAUUCUGUGCAGCACGCAGCAGGUGAUCGCAGGGCUGGAGGCGCUGAGAGGAGAGAACCGCGGUUUGCUGGAGAGCCUGCAGGAGGCGAUGGAGAGCCGGCCGGCGCCAGAGAGCAGCAGCAGCGUGGAGCAGGAGAAAAGCAGCAUCAUCUGCCAAUCACUGGAGAGGAUAGAGCUGGGGCUGAGUGAGGCACAGGUGAUGAUGGCGUUGUCGGCUCACCUGGGAUCACUGGAGGCGGAGAAACAGAAGCUGCGAGCUCAGGUGCGUCGUCUUUGUCAGGAGAACCAGUGGUUGAGGGACGAGUUGGCUGGUGCUCAGCAGCGGCUGCAGGACAGGGAGCAGGAGGUGGUCACCCUGGAGGAGCAGAACAGACACCUGCAGUUCAUGUCCUCCAUACGCAAAUACGACCAGGAGGAGCCGCAGCUGGAUGACAAAGACACGUCCUCCAACAAAGAGUCUCUGGAUGAUCUCUUUCCUACUGAGGAUGAGGAACAGUCACAGAUGUCCCAGCCUCACCACAGCAGUGCAGCAGCUGCAGCCCAGCAGGGCGGCUACGAGAUUCCCGCCCGCCUUCGAACGCUCCACAACCUUGUCAUCCAGUACGCAUCCCAGGGACGAUACGAAGUCGCCGUACCGCUCUGCAAACAGGCUUUGGAAGACCUGGAGAAGUCUUCAGGCCACACCCACCCAGACGUAGCCACCAUGCUGAAUAUACUGGCACUUGUGUACAGAGACCAGAACAAAUACAAAGAAGCAGCCAACCUGUUGAACGAUGCGUUGGCGAUCAGGGAGAAAACUCUUGGGAUCGAUCAUCCAGCUGUGGCAGCAACGCUCAAUAACCUUGCAGUGCUUUAUGGGAAAAGAGGAAAAUACAAGGAAGCAGAGCCACUGUGUAAAAGAGCUUUGGAGAUCAGAGAGAAGGUUCUGGGUACAGACCACCCAGAUGUGGCCAAGCAGCUCAACAACCUGGCUCUGCUAUGUCAGAACCAGGGGAAGUACCAGGAGGUGGAGCAGUACUACGAACGCGCCCUGCACAUCUACCAGAGCAAACUGGGACCAGAUGACGCAAACGUGGCCAAGACCAAGAACAACCUGGCAUCAUGUUACCUUAAACAGGGGAAAUACAGACAAGCUGAGGCUCUGUACAAAGAGAUCCUGACCAGAGCACAUGAAAAGGAGUUUGGAUCUGUAGAAGGAGAAGGUCGUCCCAGCUGGUCAGGGGCCGAAGACGGCAGCUCCAGACAGGAUGGACUCAGUAACCUGAAGCGCAGCGGCUCCUUCACCAAACUCAGAGAGUCAAUUCGCCGGAGCAGCGAGAAACUGGUCCGCAAGCUGAGAGGGGUCGGAAUGGAGGAAACAACCCCAAGGAAUGCUGGGAUGAAGAGGGCAAACUCUCUGAAUGUGUUAAAUGUUGGAGCCAGAGACAGUCAAGAUGGAGCCCAGUCGAGCCGUUUGGCAGAUAUUCGAGGCCUGAGCUGCAGCACACAGAGCCUGACAAGACGAGGUUCACUUGGUGGGACCAGCUAA